AUGUUUCCUCCAGCACUGGCUGAGGCCUUUAGACUGUACCACCCUGGCUGCACCCUAAAUAUCUGGAAUAGCUAUCUUCCCGCAACAGCCGGCAAUACUAGUCAGCGAAUAUCUCUAGGCGCUUUAUCUUCUCUCAAUCCUCGCAGCUUCGUUGCAGUUUGCCCGGCCCAGAACAUGGAAACUCCAAACCAUGUUUACGGCAUUUUACUGCGCGAGAUCCUUCCCGGGCUUGCCGCAUGUUCAAAUCUCAAGCACCUGGCCAUCCAUUGGGGGAAUCCCACCCUUCUCAACAGAUUGAAUAACCUGGUCAAAGACUGGUAUACUCGUCCACAAUCCAUGUCUCGGCCAUGUCUACAGUCCCUCAUUCUCCGGGGCCCCAGCCCCCUGACCAAUGGUCUUGGCGCAUUAUCGAGGCUCUAUAAUCUGUCUCAGCUACGCUCACUAGACUUGACAGCGUCCUCCGGGUUUGAUGUUCUACGGCAAGCCUCCUUACUUUUCAAGCAUCUCCAGAAACUCUACGUUUCGCUGGACGCUGAACCUUAUCCAGCUGCCCUGCACGAUAUCGAGGAUAGAGUAGACAUCCUCCAGUCUUUUAAACCUUUACAGUUUUUGUGUCUUCGCGGUGUUCGACAAGAACGUACCAUAUCUGAUAUUCUCGCAGUCCAUGGCUCAACGUUGCAAGGCUUGAUCAUCGAGGUGACACGCCGCGGGUUUGGGCCUGAUUGCUCUUUUCAACCCUCCAAUUUAAGCCCUCUCUGCAUAAGCGACAUAGCCGAAGCCUGCCCAAAUCUACGCGAACUUCGGAUACCGAUACUGCGGACCAAGGGGGACAGAUACGAAUACGCAAAGUACAAAGCACUGGGGCAAUUCCACCACCUGCAAAUUUUGAUCAUCGACCUGCUCUGUGACCCCCGAUCGACUGUCCCUUCUAACCGGGUUCCAUCAAUGGCCGACAUGGUAGGGCACAGUCUCGCCAACGCGGCGACGGACAGGAAGCUGGUUGAAUCCAUUUGGAACGCCAUCUUCCAAAACCAGUUGACCAAGCGACUCCGAAAGCUAUCGUGUAUUCACUUUGGGUCAGAGUGCUUUCCGUGGACGCAAGAAUGGGUCAUGCUGCACCUUGCCCAAUCGUUCCUUGUGCAACGUCCUGAAGGCGCCACUCACCCCGUGGAAAUACAGCCGAUCGGGCGCAAGUCCCUGGCCCUGCGCAUGGAGGAGAAAUACCGAUCUGGCAGUCGGAGUGGAAUGGAUGUAGAUACGCAAGAGGUCUUUGACGAGCUCUGGCCAGGGGACGGGCCUUGGGAGACGAGGUGGAGGAGUUUCCCCCUUGACACAUCCGGUAUCUGGACUGGUGCUGGGCCUUCCGAUCAGUCACGUCAGCAAGUCAACUCUGACCCUGUGUCUCACCCUAGAGUGACGGGCCCGUUCAUCAAGGUCAUCCGUCGGCGAGCGCGCGGUAUGUCUUAA